GGUCAGAUGACAGAAACAGUCUAAAGAGACGCUUUUAGAGCCCAAGUGACAAAUUCUCGUCUAAAAAAACGCGCCAAUUUUCGCACUUGUGAAGACGCGCCAGAGAAUUGAUAUAUCUUUCGUUUCAAUUUCUGUUCCUUGAUUCUCUUUUUCUCUUUUCUUCUUCCUGUCACUUUCAAAUACUCUCUACACUCUACAAGCUCACACAUUUUCAAUGUCUCGCUUUCACUCUUCUUCUUCCACUGGCAGUGCUCCUGGGGCUGCCAGUUCCAACUCUACAAACACGUCGGCCCCUCGCGGUCGUGGAUAUCAAGUUCCACAAACCUCUAACUCUCUCCAUUCCCCAAUCAUCCAUCCUCUCCACGUCCCAUACGUGUGUGACCAACAAAUGGAACUCUCUUUGGAUCCUCCAAACAUCCAUCCACCAUCUAACAGGCCUGGAAACCUAUCUUCUUCCACAACUUCAGCCUCUACGCAGGCCAAAAAAACCAAAAAAAAUUCUCCUUUGUCAUUGCGUUUGCUUUCUUCUUCUUCUUCUGCAUCUUCAUCUUCUAAUUAUUCAGAUUCUUGUGGAUCUUACGAGUCGAUCGAUUGGUCGGCUCUUGAGAUCAAACCCCAUCCCAUGGCUCCCAAACCCUACAGGUCCCCUACCAUGUAUUCUGAAUCCAUUCAGGAGGAACAUACAUCCUCUAACUUUAGCACCGGAUCCAGUGAGGAUUUCCCCAUCGGUUCCCCUUGCAUCAAUGUAGGCCUUCUACUUGAUGUCAAGGCCCCUCCUCCCAGGCCAUACGUUGAAGAUGAUCCAUCGGACCCUUUCUUGGAUCAUCCCAAUGUUCAGGCUUCUCCUCCCAAAUCCAUCGUCGCUGACGAACCAUCGGACUGCUUCUUGGCUCCCCCCACUGGCCUUCCCUCCGGGUCUGGAAUCUUUCCCCCUCCCCCCUACAAAAGGUAUGUAUUCCGUGAGGCCACCCCUAGCCCAGGCACCACCCCAUCGUCCAAGGAUUCCUUUUCGGUCCACCACACUGUCUCCACUUCCUCUGGAUCCCCUUCAAUGGUCCCCAUUUCUCUGGACCCCUUCAAUGGCCACUCUCGUUCCUCUUCUGUCUCGGCAGAAAAUGGUUCAAAUCCCCCUUCCCCCUCCCCUUCUCCCUCUCCUUCUCCCUCUCCUUCCACUUUCCCCCAGCUACCUGUAGUAUACUUGCAGCCCCGCUUGUUCAGGUUAGCUAAAUCCGAGACUUUUACCCAGCGGUGGUCAGCAGAAGAUGGUUCAAAUCCUUCUUCCCCCUCUCCUUCCCCCUCUCCUUCCCCCUUCCCUUCUCCCUCCCCUUCCACUCCCCCCCAGCUACCUGUAGUAUACUCGCAGCCCCGGUUGUUCAGGCUAGCCAAACCCAAGACUUUUACCCAGCGGUGGUCAGAAAUGAUCCUUGAAGAGCAAACCAUCGCAUCCCGAGCCCACAUCAUCACACCAGUUCGACCUUUGAGUCAAAGUCCGAUGGCAACAUCGGACUCUGGUUGUGAAAUUAUCGCUCAAUCUCCUUUGUCAGAUCCCUUCUGCCUAUCCCAAGAGCCCAGUCCAUCCCCGGUACCCAUUCCAUCCCCAGUGCCCAGUCCAUCCCCCAGGUCCCAGGACAUCCUCAGGGGAAACUUUGGUAGGUUUCACGAUGCGCGCCCACUUCCACCUCCACCCAUGCUCUCCCCCAUGGUUCCCACUGUCACAUAUACCUCAUCCUCAUCCUCAUCCUCGGAUGAAUCGGACACCACCGCGGGUUAUCCCUCCUCUCUGGACGAUGACCCCUUGGACACACCGGAGCCCGAGACCACCCCAUGGACCAUUGCCCCAGUGCAAUCCUGGAUGUCCCGGAAUUCCUCGACCAUUAAAACGGUCGCCACAUGGACCCUCGUUGCAGCCGCAAUAAUCCUUCCAAAGAUCCUUUGGAAAUGGUAAAUUAUAUCACCCUCCCCUUCCCCCCAUGCGAGUGAACUAACAUGCGAGCUAAUCACCAUCCCCCUUCCUUUCCCCUUCCCCAUGCAGUGAACUAACAAACCAACUAACCACUAAUCACCAGCCUCCAGGAAUCUUUAACUACAAAUAAAUGAAAAGACACAUACAUGAAUCACCCUGGACUCCUGGACCCCGGACAAAAACGCAAGUAUUCCCUCCCCCCCCACUAACUACUAAUCUAGGUGGCCAGAAAUGAUCCA